AUGGAGAUCGUCAGGGCACCGGCCACCUCUGCGCUGCUCCAUCAGUUCGACGCGGCGGCGGCAACGCAGGGCAGGCAAGCACCUGAUGCCAUCGCCGGGCCGUCUGCAUCACCAACCCCUCAGGCAGCAGCUAACAACUGCUUACGUUUCCGCCCUGGUUGCGUUUAUCGCAGAAGAGACAGGGAGGCACCAACGGGGCUGGACGUCGCGGCUCCUGCUCCCCCUCAACCGGCCAUGGAAGCAGAGGCCGCCAGCUUCAUGGAAUGUUUGCUGCAGGUUCAGGAACAGCCACUGCUGCAGGCUCCUCCCCAGGCACAGCGCGCCCCAGCGCGUCGAGGCAAGAAGCAACCACCACCACCAAGGCGCAAGAGCGCACGCAUCGCGGCAUUAUCAUGGCCCAAAGGUGACACACGGACCAAAGCCUGCUACAUCCUCAUGAAGCGCCUUGGGAUCGUGCAAGACGACGGACAAUCCUCAGAUGACCUCCUGCUGCGCUACUUCUCCCUCUUUAGGGGACCGCUGACCGCCAUGAGAAACUGUAGAAUUCUGAACUGGAAUGUGCGGGGGCUGAAUGAUGGUGCGAGGCGCGACUCUGUCAGUGAGCGCGUCCGCGACACCGGCUCUACUAUAAGCUGUUUGCAAGAGACAAAACUUCAGGUGAUUGAUGACAAUGUGGUAAGGCGCACCUUGAGCCAGCACUUUGUGAAUAACUAUGCUGUCUUGCCGGCCGUCCAAACCAGAGGAGGGAUACUGCUUGCUGUGGCUGAAAGCUUCUUUGCCCUUUCUAAUAUACACCUCACCACACAUGCUAUCACGGCAACGGUCUCCAUGAGAGCUGAUGACACAAAAUGGCAAAUUACGGUGGUAUAUGGGCCGCAGGGGGAUAAUGCAAAGCUCCAAUUUCUACAGGAACUAAAGAACAUUCCAUGUCCGGACCACGGGAGAUGGCUAAUCCUUGGAGACUUCAACUUCAUUUAUCAAGCCGAGGAUAAAAACAACACAAACCUCAACAGGCGCUUGAUGGGGUCCUUCAAAGCAGCGAUCGACACCUUGCUCCUAAAGGAGAUUCGUCUGAACGGGCGGCGCUUUACCUGGAGCAAUGAGCAAGACACGCCAACUCUCACCAGGAUAGUUAGGCUCUUUUGCACAACUGAAUGGGAGCUGCUAUUCCCAUCUUGCUUCUUACACUCGCUGCCAUCUCUUAUGUCAGACCACACACCUCUUCUCUUACAGGGGGAGAUGCAGCAUCAUCAUAAUGCGUGCUUUCGCUUUGAAAAUUUCUACACAAAAAUGGAGGGGUUCCAGGAGUUAGUUAAUGACAUCUGGAACAAACCCGUCAAGCGUCGUCACAACCUCUCAAACGGCUACACAUUAAAUUAUCCCGGGUGCAUUAAAGGGCAUCAAACGGUGGCGAAAAGAGAAAAUAGGUGA